AUGACAACACAGACAUGGACCCCCCUUGUCCGGAGAGACACCAAAGGGCCUUUAAGCACCGGUGCCAUCGCCGGCAUAGCUGUCGGUGCGGCCGUGCUGUUUUUGGCGAGUGCUGCUCUAUUUGUGGUUUACUAUCGACGACAACGACGCUACAAUGCCGAAGAUAGCGAGUACUAUCAGUAUUCCGACUCUGUUCAACGGGGCCAACACAACACGGGGAGGACUUUCGUGGCAGUUCCUCGCCGAGCUCCAACCUACACUUUGGACUAUAAGAUGGACAACCAAGUUGGUACCGGGCAGUCGACUCCUGCCCAGUUCUCAGCAGACCCCCGGGCCCAAAACCCCGAGACACCUCCACUGGACGACAUGGCAAGCGCAAUGCCAACCCACCCAGCAUAUCUUCCCAAGGCAGUGGUUCGAGGGACAACACUUAAGCCCAUCACCCGUCGACCCUCCGAGGACCAGAGCACCCCGGCGUACUAUUCUUCGAAUGCAAACAGCAACAACAUGCCCAUGCAAGCUUAUCGCGGCUCUUCAUCCACGGCCGCCGCCGCAGCAACAGGGGGGAGUGAUUCAAGGAUGAUGGGAAGCAAAGAAAAGCAGUUCUUCCCCUCUCCACCGGGGUCCGGAGGAACGGGCGCAACCACUUUCUACGACGACGAGGACUAUUACGCCGAGGAUCCGGAGAAGGACGUCAAAGGCCGACGUAGGGUUUCCCUCCCACUUCGUCUCGCCCCAGUGGACCAAGAGGAGGAAGACGAAGACCGCUAUUAUUAUCAAGGACAACAGCAGCAGCAACAACAGGAUGAACAGUCCCAGUACCACCAGCAGCAGGCUCACGGAUAUCACCCCCAGCACCAAUACCAGCAGCAACAGCAACAGAAUCAACCCCAACCCCCACAACAACCUCAACAAUCACCCCCAGCCCUGCACACCCCCGCAUCCAUCGCCUCCUCCUCCCGCACUACCACCCAAAGUGGCGCGGUACCCACCAUCUCCCUCCCCAUCAAAGGCAAAAAGAAGAAAUUCCCUCCUCCCCAACUAAACCUACAACAAAGCAGUCAAACCUUCCCCAACAACCCCAACAAUCCCAAUCCCAACCAAACCAGCGGCAGCGGCAGUAACAUCAAGACCGGCGGUACCUCCGGCAGUGGUGGUCUAAUGGUAGACAUGGUCAUGUCCACCAGCAACCACCGCCCUCUCAGCGGGAUGGAGGAUAUGUUCUAUCAGUGGACCUUUGGCUUUUCCCCAUUACUCUCAUCAGCAGUAUGCGCAGCAGCAGCAACAGCUGCAGGAAGUGCAAGGGGGGUAUUAUGUUGA